CUACCUUCUUCUUCUUCAGCCGUCGACAUCCUCUAGUUUGAAUUUAGUCAUUGAAGGUGUUAAAGUCCAUGGCAGAGUCUAUUCAAUCCGCAACUGAAACCGAGCCUAUGACGGUUAAGCCAUUGAACUUUGAAGGCUCAUGAAAUGUCUGAUGGGAAAGUUCAGUUUAGAGAAGUAGCCGUUCCACCGAACCGGUACUCUCCUCUCAAGAAAGCUUGGUCGGAUAUCUACACACCGGUCUUUGAUCAGAUGAAAAUCGACAUAAGGAUGAAUCUUACAUUUUGAUGCCCCUAAUUAGUUUUGACUUUUUGUUCAUUUUAUCACAUGACCAAUCAUAAUGGGCCGUAGCAGUUUAAUUCGGGUCAGUAAGUUGGGUCAUGAUUCGGGUCGGAUACUUAUUCCCGUUCUAUAGUAUAAACCUAGAUUCCAAUUUCGCUUGAUUUCCGAUGAAUUGAUCGACUGGAAAACAGAGAACCACCGUUUCUACAGUUGGAUAUGGCUGGUGGGCAAAUAGAGAAGCUAGUCAAAUACAAGAGCACUGUCAAGGAUCCAGGAACUCCUGGAUUUCUCAGAAUUAGAGAAGGGAUGUUGCUCUUCGUCCCUAAUGAUCCCAAAUCAGAUUCUAAGCUCAAAGUACUUACUCAGAACAUCAAAAGUCAAAAAUAUACCAAAGAAGGAUCAAAUAAACCUCCUUGGCUCAAUCUCACCAACAAGCAGGCAAAGAGUCAUAUCUUUGAGUUUGAAAAUUAUCCCGACAUGCAUGCUUGCCGUGAUUUCAUCACUAAGGCCCUUGCUAAAUGUGAAUUGGAGCCUAAUAAAUCCGUUGUCUCGACAUCUUCCGAGCAACUCAGUAUUAAGGAAUUGGAGCUGCGCUUCAAGCUUCUGAGAGAAAAUAGUGAGCUGCAGAGAUUGCAUAAGCAAUUUGUGGAAAGUAAAGUACUGACUGAAGAUGAAUUCUGGGCUACAAGAAAGAAAUUACUUGGUAAAGAUUCCAUCAGAAAGUCAAAACAGCAGCUCGGGCUUAAGAGCAUGAUGGUUUCUGGCAUCAAACCAUCUACUGAUGGGCGGACUAAUAGAGUGACGUUUAACUUGACACCUGAGAUAAUUUUUCAGAUUUUUGCUGAGAAGCCAGCUGUUCGGCAGGCAUUCAUCAAUUAUGUUCCGAGUAAGAUGACAGAAAAAGACUUCUGGACAAAAUAUUUUAGAGCAGAAUAUCUUUACAGCACCAAAAAUACAGCAGUAGCUGCAGCAGAAGCUGCUGAGGACGAGGAACUCGCUGUCUUUCUGAAGCCUGAUGAGAUAUUGGCUCGGGAAACUCGUCACAAGAUUAGACGGGUUGAUCCAACUCUUGACAUGGAGGCUGACCAGGGAGACGACUACACUCAUCUUAUGGACCACGGGAUCCAGCGUGAUGGCACCAUGGAUGUUGUUGAACCACAAAAUGAUCAGUUUAAACGAUCACUUUUGCAAGAUCUUAAUCGUCAUGCUGCUGUUGUAUUGGAAGGCAGAAGCAUUGAUGUUGAGUCAGAAGAUACAAGGAUUGUUGCAGAGGCUCUCACACGGGUUAAACAAGUAAGCAAAGCUGAUGGUGAAACCACCAAGGACGCUAAUCAGGAGAGAUUGGAAAGAAUGUCCCGGGUAGCAGGAAUGGAGGAUCUUCAAGCACCACAAAAUUUCCCAUUGGCGCCGCUUUCUAUCAAGGAUCCUCGUGAUUACUUUGAAUCUCAACAAGGAAACGUCCUCAAUGUACCCAGAGGAGCAAAGGGCUUGAAGAGAAAUGUCCAUGAAGCUUAUGGAUUACUAAAGGAAUCCAUUUUAGAGAUUAGAGCUACAGGAUUAAGUGAUCCGUUGAUUAAGCCUGAAGUUUCUUUCGAGGUUUUCAGUUCGUUAACCCGAACCAUUGCAACUGCUAAAAAUAUUAAUGGGAAGAACCCACGAGAGAGCUUUCUGGACAGAUUACCAAAGUCCACUAAGGAUGAAGUUCUACACGUAAGUCCGACAUUUUCCAGUGUCCUAAGUGACAAGAAGCUCUAUAUGUACUAGUUAGUGAAGAUUAGGUAGUAAUGCAUAUGGAUAAGAGGACUUUUCUUCUUUCAUCUACAGCAUUGGACAUCAAUACAAGAAUUACUGAAACAUUUUUGGUCAUCUUAUCCGAUAACAACCACAUAUCUUCAUACCAAGGUAAUGUUAUUGCAAUUUUCAAAUCUCCCAGUCCCAGAAAUUGCUAUAUAUAUUGAUUCCUAGGCUUUCACGGGAAAUUUAAUCUUAUUAUACACCAAGAGCAAGUUAUUAUACCAAAUAUUUUUCGUCGAUUCUUGUGAUGUUAUAUUAUUAUCAUGCAGGUUGGUAAACUGAAGGAUGCAAUGUCCAAUACAUAUUCAAAACUUGAGGCAAUGAAAGAGUCGGUGCAAUCUGAUCUCCGGCAUCAGGUUUCUCUACUGGUUCGUCCAAUGCAACAGGCUCUUGACGCUGCGUUCCAUCACUACGAAGUGGAUCUGCAGAGAAGAACAGCUAAGAGCGGCGAAAGACCAAACGGCUACGUAUAGAGGACAAAAAAACUAAAACUAAAAAGCUUUGCAAGAUCUUUGAAUUGUUUCAUCAGCCUUGGUUGGUGUUUUUGAAAAUCUUCAUUUGUCCCUUUUUGUCCGACCAUUGAGAUACAAAAAUGCGUUUAUAUUGUAGUAAUAUUUUCUUUUCUUUUUUUUGUUAAUUAGGCGUUAUAUUGUUAACUGCGAGAGACAACAAAGAGAUUUUCUCGAUCUGAACAUUUUUAAGUUUGCAAUGUAUUAGUAAAUUCUCUACAGGCUUUGAGGACGUUACUACAGCUCCAAGAAAGCUCUCAGUGCCAUAAUUGUUUGGUUAUUUGGUUACUGGUGAAUAUUUAUAAUAAUGGGACAAUAAUAG